CGCCUCCCGCCCGCGCUCCCCCGGCGGCGGCGGCGCUGAGGUGGCGCCGCGCCCCGGUGAGGUGAGCGAGGCGCCUCCGCCGGCGCUGCCCCAUCCCCCGCCGGCCCGGGCGGACGGGAGCGGCGGCCCCGCCGCGGCCCUUCCGAUCGCAGCACGUUCCAAGAUGGCAGAAUUAUUUAUGGAAUGUGAAGAAGAGGAGCUGGAACCAUGGCAAAAGACAGUGACCGAAGUGGAGGAGGAUGACGAUGAUGACGAGGAUGAUGAUGAUGAGCCAAUCUUUGUUGGGGAAAUCACAAGCUCAAAGGCAGCUACUACAUGUCCAGUUACUACAUUCAAGACCGAGAGUCACCAUUAUGCGCCCGCUGCCUCCAGCCCCAGUGCCGUGCCCGUUCCAUCCGUCUUCCAGGCUGCACCCAGACCUUUGGGCAGCUCGGGAGCAGUGCAGCCACUGUCUGUACAAGUGAAUGUUUCAGGAACUUCACAAACGCUGCAGAGACCAGUCGCUGGAUGUUUAUCAACACAGCAGCUGCCUGGGUCAAGUUCUGGAAUAACACAGCCUGUAACCAUUCCAGUGACAACACAGCCAGCAUCAAGGAAUAUCACAGUUCCUGCAGUGGCUCAACCUGUGUCCAGGCCAGAGACUGGAACAGCACAGCCUGUGAUGCUCAAUCAGGAUUAUAUUAUGGAUUCUCCACCAGAUGCACCAGAUAAUCCAUCUGAUAUACUGUUUGGUGUGAGACAGAACUCGGGAGUUCCACAGUACCAGCCUGGGCCAGCAGUGAAUGUAACAGGGACAAAUGCUGCAUCGAGCACCAUUAAAAAUGGAGGACCUUUUCCACGAGCUUGUCCAAAGUGUAAUAUUCAUUUCAAUCUUAUGGAUCCUCUAAAAAAUCAUAUGAAGUAUUGUUGUCCAGAUUUGGUAAAUAACUUUUUCCCAGCAACGAUCAAAACAGAAUGUUUGAGCACAACAAGUAAGAUUGCUGAAUCUGAGAAAGGAAAAUUGAUUAUGUUAGUUAAUGACUUUUAUUAUGGGAAGGAUGAAGGUGACACCCAGCAGGUGCAACAGGAGCAGAAGACUCAUACGACAUUUAAGUGCAUCAGUUGUCUCAAAGUUCUUAAAAAUAACAUAAGGUUUAUGAACCACAUGAAGCAUCACUUGGAGCUGGAGAAGCAGAGCAAUGAAAGCUGGGAAAGCCACACCACGUGCCAGCACUGUUACCGGCAGUUCCCCACCCCGUUCCAGCUGCAGUGCCACAUCGAGAGCACACACACGCUCUACGAGUCAUCCACCAUUUGUAAAAUCUGUGAACUAUCCUUUGAAACAGAGCAAGUUCUUUUGCAACAUAUGAAGGAUAAUCACAAGCCAGGUGAAAUGCCAUAUGUUUGCCAGGUGUGCAGCUACAGAUCCUCAGCUUUUUCAGAUGUAGAAUCUCAUUUUAGAACAGUUCAUGAAAACACAAAACAUUUGCUAUGCCCAUUUUGCCUCAAAGUAAUUAAAAUUGGAGCACCAUAUAUGCAUCAUUACAUGAGGCAUCAGAAAAAGGGCGUGUACCGCUGCACUAAGUGCAGACUGCAGUUCCUAACCUGCAAGGAAAAAAUGGAUCACAAGACUCAGCAUCACCGAACAUUCAGGAAACCCAAACAGUUAGAAGGCUUGCCUCCUGGGACAAAGGUGACUAUUCGAGCAUCUCUAGGAUCUCAUCAGUCAGGAUCAUCAGCUUCAUCUUCUAUUAGUACAAGCAGUUCCACCUUUCAGUUAUCACCUAAAUCUAAAUCCACAACCACUAAAAAUCAUAACAAAUCUAAUACAAAUAAAUCAAGAGGAAAAUCAAAACAAACUACAUCAAAGAAACAAAAUGCAUGGACCAACAGCAAAAAAAAAAAGGAAGUUACAAAUAUAACAUUUCAUCAUCUAAGGUGUCAUUCGGGACAUCACAAGUGCAUUGAGUGUUACUCAGAAAUCAAGGAUUUCGCCAGCCAUUUUCCUGCCUACGUCCACUGUAGUUUGUGCAGAUACAGCACCAGCUGUAGCAAAGCCUAUGUGAAUCACAUGGUGAAUUUUCACAGUGCUCGUCCACGUAAAAGAUUUUGGAUCUAUAAGAAGCAAUCAGAAGAGCUACGAGGCUUGACUGUAGUGUGUCUUAACUGUGAAUUCCUGGCUGAUGUUUCUGGCUUAGAUAGCAUGGCCACACAUCUGAGUGAGAGCCACACUCAUACUUGUCAAGUUAUUAUAGAGAAAGUUUCUGUAGAUAUCCCAACUGCUGCACAAGUAUCUGAUUCUUGGAUGAAGCUGGGAGUUUUGGUUACUAGAAGCAAACAAGAGCACGACUCUUCAGAUGAAACAAAAAAAUGCAGUAGAAAUCCAACUACAAAAGUUGCAUCUGCUGAACAGAACGAAGAAGACUCAUCACUGUCAAAUACAGAAGAUGUUCCUAGUUUUGAACUCCCUGGCAACAGCUCAAAGAAGUCUUUGCAUGAGAAAAGAGCCUGUUGUGGUUCAGAUGAUAAUAACAAACAGUUAGAUGAGAAACAAAAAGGUAUUCAUGAUGAAAGUGAGUUAAGAAGGUGCCAAAGUUCAGGUGAUGUUCUCUUGGAUGAGCAGACUAAAGUCCGGAGCUUGGAUGAAACUACACUGUCAGCCAUGAACGUGAGGGACUUAAAGCUGACCUUGGGUGAGGAUGUGAGUUUUGAGCAGUUCUUCAGGAAGAGAGAUGAACCUGAGUCUGUUAGUUCUGACAUUAGUGAACAAGGCAGUAUUCAUUUGGAGCCUUUGACUCCCUCAGAAGUACUAGAGCAUGAAGCUACUGAGAUCCUUCAGAAAGGUAAUGUCACACCUUCAUCAAAGACAGCCGGACAGCUCACGGAACAAACAGAUGAGGUUUCUAAGGAAAGCAAUCCCAACAGAAUGGAGACAGCUGUAAACCAGACAGAGGAAAAUGAAGCAAGCUGAAAUUGUGUCAAUUUGAUUGUUAUGAACAGUGGUAGGAACACCAUGGACCAUUCCUGAUGAGUGUGCUUAUGGAUGCUAAAUAUUAAAAAAGGGGGGGGGAGAGGGAGGAGAGAAAGAGACACCAAAGGGAAGUUCUGCAUAUGGAGAUAGCAUGUAUGUGUAUGUGUGAUUAACUGAACUUACAGAAGGUAGCGAGUUCAAAUAUACCUUCCUGUCUCUUGGAUGUGAUAUAUUAUUAGAUUGAUAUUUGAAAAGAGGUAUAAAUUCUAAUUUUUUUAUAGUUAACUAGCCCAGGAUAAGGUGAUUUGUUCGCCCAGAAAGUAUUUUUUUAAAUUCUUCAGUGUGAAUAUCAUUGAACAGUAGAAUUGAGUAUGGACUUACUUCUGAUGCUGAAGCGGAGCGCACUUGUCAUCAGGGCUAUUGGUCUGCUGAUAAUUUGGGUAAACAUAAACCUUGGGACUUGGUGUCACAUUCCUGUCUGUAAAAGCAUGUAAACAGAAUUAUAUGAAUCUGUGCACCUCUGUACAGGUAUAAUCCUGCCAGGCUGUAAGCUUACCUUAAUAAACUUUCAGUGAAAGUGGAAUUAUUACAAUAAAACUA